AUGAAUUUUGAAGACGGACGCACUCUCUGCGCAUCAGAAUCGAUUGAAGGGCAAACUAGUCGAGAGAGGGCAGCCCCAGCGGUGAAACGGCCGUCAGUCGAGAGAGUGUGUUGAGAGCAGAAGGGUCGGCGUGUGGUGUGUAAUAAAGCCGGUGCUGGUCGAGAGAGCAGGACGAACCGAGAGAGACGGGGGGACUGGAGAGUGCGGACGUCUCUGGUGCCUCUCACGCGCCCCGCUCUCCUUUCCCUGCACCAGCCAUCCCCAUCGCCCCUCUCGAGACGCGUCGACGCGGGUAGCGCUUUGACCGCCGGCCGCUUUCUACUAUCACUCUAUCUUACAUUACCGCGAGGCCCUGUGCACUGAUUAUUCUUUCUCGAGCUUCGAGCAUCUCGCCCCCGACUUCGGCGGCUCCGUCGAUCUUGGUUCUUAGGGAUUAUUGUAUGAACGACGUCUUGCUGGACCCGUCCUCUUCCAGUCAAAUCAAUGAACGGCAUCUUGCUGUGGUGAAGUAGAGCUCAACUCAGGUAGGUUCAGGUCACUAAUCACAACUUCGACCAGAUCGAAUGCACGUGGCUGCAACUUCUUCUAGUUCGGCCAGUCAGUCCCCGCAAACCCAGUUAUAUUCGGGAGCGUAUGCAUCGUUUGGUCGUGGUGGUGUUUUGAGUCGCAACUCUGAUCCAAAGUUGGAUGUUCCCCUUCUUGAGCAAGGCCAUGAAGACGAUCUCGACUCCAGCCAACUGGCGGCUUCAUCUUCUCUAACCCAAUCUCCCAAUAUCGACCAUUCAGCGUCGCCAUUCCGAUCAGAUACGGAGUACAAUUUGAAUUUGGAUAGUUUUGAUCAAUGUUCUGGGUCUUCGGGGACGGCAGGAGCGACACCUCGGGAAGAACCGGAGCCUACGUCAUCCCAGGCAUUGGUUGUCUCCGUGAAUGCCGUUCAAGUACGAAGGUUGAAAAGGCUAGCAGCUUUGAACGGAAGUCUAUUAAGGAAAUGUGGUACGUUAGCUUUGUUGUUAUCAUUUUCCGUUUCUAGGUGUGUCAUCGGCACAUGUAUACAACGGUAGCCUUCCUGAGAGGAUACUUGUGGGGAAGUCAGAGUUCCAUCCCUGUCCCUUGAUGACAUUUCCUCCUGCCCCUCGAGCUCGCAAAUUUCAAUUUGAAUCUAUGGCUGAUCUCCAAAAACAAAGUUUAGGAACCCCUGGUCCCUCAGGGGAAUCCAGAAAAGUGGAAGUAAAAUGUAAGCGAAGUCUUUAUAAGAUCUAUUCGGAUUUAGACAAACCAAAUGAGGUUCCUGGGAACGUGGAGAACCCUAUGCUGAUGAGUAUGUUGAACAAGAAUGGCCCUUCCAUGACUACAGAUCCUCAAACCCGUUAUGUUUCUUCCCAAAGUGCUCCAAUGAGUCAGCCUUAUGGACCUGGAAUGGUUGCUUAUAAGAUGCCUAAUGGAGAAAUUGUUCAUGAGGGAUAUGCGCCCGUCGAGACCGCGAAAUUCAAUGGCCAGACAGAAUUCCAGGUACGUUCAGGACAGUAUAACAUCCUUGUGUGCAAAAGUGUUUCCUGAUAAUCAUUUUUCAGUCAGAGACUGCACCGUCGCCUAAGAAGCCACGGAAAUCUCGAGCUAAGAAGCCGAAGGAAGAACCGAAGCCGAUCCCUGAGCCUUCCCGACCAGUCCAAGCCCCACCCCAGAUUCCUCAACAAGUGCCUGCGGAUUAUUAUCUCGCGCAACAGCAUGGUAUGCAACAACAGAGGGUGCCGCCUAUGCAUCUUGCUCCUCAGGUUUGUUUUCUUGCAUACUAGUUAGUUUAUGAAUUUUCGAUGACUUAAUCAAGCAUUAUUUAUAACGGUACGAUAAAUAAUCACAUCUUUUUUACAGUAUCGCCCGAAUUAUCCAGGUUAUCCGCAACAGCAAGGUGUUGUACCAGGAGGACCGCAACGCGUCUUCCUUUCAAGCCCGCAGUACCCUCAACAAAUGUGGAACCAGGUAUGUUAAUUUGAAAAAAAAACAAUUGAUUAGCCGGUUUUAAUGUAAUGAAAAUGUACUCUUUAGGCGUCUCCCGAUGAGAAACAUCAGAUGAUGCAGCAGCAGAUGAGGAUGCAGCAGAUGCAGGGAUAUCCAAGUUAUCACUACAGUCAGCCCGGUAUGAGUGUGGAGGACCCGAAUCGGCAGUUUAUAAACGGCCGAGCUCCUCCACAACAAGUAAUCAGUCCUCAGGAGAUGGAGUUCCGUCGUCAACAGCAAGUGAGAAUGCAGAUGCAACAACAGCAAAACCUCCAAGCCCAGGGCAGGAUGCAAAUGCCUCCCCAUUAUCCCCAAACUCCUGGCCCUUCAAAGUCUGAGGGAAUGAAACAAGAGUAUGAUAUGGCGGAUAAUGUGGAUGAACUGAUGGCUUCCAUAAAAGGAGAGGAUGGUAAGUGACUUCAAAAGCUUUAGUCGUUCAUUUUCAAGAGGAUGCAACUAAUAAAAAAUUUCAGUUGAAGAUUUUGAUUUGGAUUCUAUUGAGCCGAGUAAAUUGGAGAAUUCGGAAAUCAAAACGGGGAAAAAGGAAACCAAGAAGAAGAGCCAGUCCAAGUCCAAAAAGCAGUCAGAUAAGAAGGAGCUCGAUGAGCUUGAGAAGGCGAUGAAGCGGAAUCCAGACGAGCCUUACAGCUCCCCUCCAAGUGUUCUUCCAGAAGCACAACGGCAAAUGAUCGGAAGUGCGAUUGAUUGCGUGAUGGAGCGCGUGAUGCGGGAACAGGCCCAGGAGAAGACCAGUCCUGGAAUGAUCCCGUCCACCAGUUCCUCGUGCUCGGACCGUCCUCAAUGCUCGAUGCAGGAGAGGGCAUGGAACGACGGUCCGGACCUACCUCAAGAUGUACCUCAAUCGGCAUCUUCGGAGCUCCGAAGCGGCCACUCAUCCUCCUCGCCCUCUACCUCGAAUGUACGUGACGACUUCUCCGCCCCCUCCUCUGUACCCGAUUAUCAACAUCAGGAGAGUUAUAAGUAUGGGAUGUACGGUGAAGUGGUUCAGAAUGGUAAUCAUGUAAGUGUUGUCCAUCCUUUAAAAGAACGUUUUUUACAACGUGGCUCGGACGUUUCCAAAAAUUCACCUUCUCAGAAUCUUUUAAUAUUUUGCCUUACAGUAAGACCUGGAUGUGUAUUUUUUGGAUUUUUAGAGCUUUCAAGAUCUACGUUCGUUGACAUGGCAGAUUCUUCGAAAAAACAGUUAUAUUACAUAGAAACUGGUUUAAUUUCCCUACAAAAGGCGCAGGCAUUCGAAACGAUAAAAAGCGCAGUCGGUCUCUUCCUCCGGAAGAGAGCGGCGUGGCCGAGUGGCUAGUGCCGUAGUCUGGGAAUCAAGAGGGGGAAGGCCGCAGGGUUCGGUUUCCGUUUUGGGCCGAAUCAACAUUUUUUGAAGUUGAAGGUCGGAAAAAUAAAUUUUUGUCCCAAGACUGAUUUAUUGCGUCUUAGAAACUCAAUAAACAUCACUUUCCUUGUAAAAAUAUCGAUUUUGGGGUUUAAAACGAGGCCAAAUUUUCAGUACUAAAUAGUAUCAGGUAGUACUAAAUAGCUCCAAGUCUUUAAAACGUGUUUUUGAAGAGUACUAGGCAUCAAAACAACACCAUUAACGCCAAAAGCCAUAUUUUCAUCUCGUACUACAUAGUAUCAGAUAGUACUAUUCCGAACCUUAAAACCCGCACUGACGUUCACCUGUCCUAUUACCACAAUCACACAAAAUUUCAAAAGAUUCUGAGAUGAUCGAUUUUUGGAAAUGUCCCGACCUUGUUGUGAGAAGCUUCAAUUUGUAAAAAGACGCCUUUUUAAAACAAUCAUUAAAUUUGAUACUACAUAACCCUAAAUUUCAACUCCAUAGCCACCACUCUCAAUUUUUAUGACAAAAAUUUUUUCCUUAAAACGACACCUCAAUCGGUAGGCCCCCAAACGACUAAACCACGAAGCAUUUGGACGCUUUAUAACAAACGAGGCUUAGCCUUGCAUUAAGUUUACAGGGGAAGUACUCCAAGUGCGACGCUCAGAUUUUGAUGAAAUUUGGCACAAAUUUAGAACGAUUUUUUCUAAAGUAUAUGCGAGAAUCGCGCUUUGCAGAAACAACCGAGAUUUUUAGAUCGAAAGUCGGCGAAAAUUUAGAACUUUUUGCCGAAUUUCGGAACAAAAAGUUUCUACCGUAAAGUAUAAUCUUUCUAUAAAAAAUCAAAUUUUUUCGCACGAAACUGCCAAAGUUAUGGCCAGAAAGCGUUUUUCUCUCUGCCCGCUCUCCACAUUUAGCGUGCUCUCUCGGCGGCAAAAAUUCGUUCGAUAUCUCGGCGGCGCCCGCAAAGCGCGAGCUAAAACUUGCAGGAAUUGAUAAUAUCAAUAUUAUUUUAAAUAUUAUUUAGUCCAUACACAACGUGUGUGCAAAAUUUAACAAGGAAAGUACUUUUAUGGGGGCUCCUACUUUUUGACGGGACAUAUCUCAAAAAAUCAGAAAAAAUGUGCUGAUCAAGGAUGUAUAGAUCUUAGCUGCCCAUUUUAGGUUUUUAGGGGUGAAAACUCAAUCGGAAGUUGACUUAAAGUCCUAUAUGAACCCCUUUUCGCCUAAUUUUUCACGGGUUUACAAUUUUAUUUUGGCUUUAAAUUAUGUUUAUUGAGUUUCUAAGCCGUAAUAAAUCAGUCUUGGCACAAAAAAUUAUUUUUCCGACCUUCAACUUCAAAAAUAGUUGAUUCGGCCAAAAAGGGAAAUCGAACCCGUGCGGCGUCCUCCCUCUUGAUUCCUAGACUCCGGCACUAACCACUCGGCCACACCGCUCUCUUCCGAAGGAAGAGACCGACUGCGCUUUUUAUCGUUUCGAAUGCCUGCGCCUUUUGUAUACAGGGUGUACCAAAAAAAUGGAAACUUUUUUUCAUUUGUCCUGACGCGAAAAUGGUUAGGUGUAGCCAAAGAAGUUUAUUACUACAAAAUUCUCUGUGUUUUUCUGUCCUAGUGUUUUGAUUUUUACGCCCUAUCGAUUAAUCGACCUGUCUUUUUUGAACUUCAAACAAAGGGACCUCGAUUUUGGACUUGUUUUUGGAGCUGUUCGAAAAGUUAAUUUGCUCGGUAUAGAAAGAACGUUGUGUCGAAAGUAGUCACGAGGCCCAAGGAGCUUGAUACGGAUAGUAAGCGCCCAGGAAGUGAAAGAAAACGCACCGCCAGCGCUUCUUUCAACCGAAAGAUCCCCCACAGCAAAAUCCGCGAUUUUCAAGAAAAACUAGCCCUUGAGACUGACAUCAGCGACCGAUCGCUCGGCCGAAUAGUCAAAGGCGAGCUCAACCUCAUGUCAUACAAGCUCUAAAAAAUUCAGAUCUUUAAAGUCGAGAGAAAGUGCAUACAGCGCAAAAAUGUCGGAAAGUGAAACGGGUGGGCCGCAGCUCCGAGACGUGAGCGCAUUCAGUUCGCGGUUUAAUCUUUAGCGGAUACACAACCACCAGAACGAUAGAAUCUGCUUCAGUGAGGCUCCUAGCCUGUUGGCCACCGUCAAAUACCACCAAAAUCCGGGUCGUCAUUGCUUAAGGCGGAAUUUGUGCCAGCGGCAAGAAUUCCAUGUUUUUCGUGAAUAAAUGGGACGAAAUACUAGCGCCGCGUUAAUUUCUAUUUUGUCGUGCUUCCGUGAGCUCAGCAGAACCUUGGCAAUGCAAACUUGGGGUUUCAACAGGACUCAGCGCCGGCUCACAAGGCAAAAUCGACUCAGGACCCGAAAUGGGACCGAUUUUCCCGAUUUUGUCCCGCCUGCGAAAUGGCCGCCUGCUCGCCAGAUCUGAAUCCAAUGGACUAUAUAUUUUUUUAAUAGAAGGCCAGCACCUGUACUAUGCUCCACAAAAGUUUGAAGCCGCAACGUAAAUGAUGCGCCAAGAACGGGACCGAUUUCCCCCAUAAAAAGCUGCGGCCCGGACCCCAAAAUUUUACGUCACGUUUGGAGGUCUAUAUCGCCACCAAAGGCAGCCACUGUGAAACAGAUUGAACAUGUUAUAAACAAUGCUCUAUGUUACUAAUCAUAACCGUUACUUUUGCUGAAUUUUGAUUCUCCAAAAAAAUAUAGCUAUAAAAACAAGUUUCCAUUUUUUUGGUACACCCUGUAGGCAUGGCUCCGGGCCGGGCUUUCCAAAAUUUUCCGGCCCGGGCCGGGCCGACUAAUUUCUCGGCCCGACCCCGGGCUUCGAUUUUCAGGCCCGGCCCGGGCCGGCCCGGUUUUUUGAAAUCUGAGUUUUGCCCGGAAAAAAGGGGGAAAAUAAGCUUUUUCGAUAGAUUUUUUCAUUUUUUCGAACACAAUGCUGGUAGCGAACGUAAAGUGAUCUUAUUUACCACUCGCCCAAAUAAAAAAAUGAUUUUCAAGUCAAUUUGAAAAAAUUUUCAGAAAUUCUAAAGUGCCUCAUAGUUAAUACGCUGGCAAAAAAAGAAAAAGGAAAAUUUUUCAAAAAUACACAAUACGCUUGUAGGUUUUUUCAUAUCCGAUAAAAGAUCUGUGAUAAAAUAUUUUUGCUAAAAUUUGGGUGAUUAUACACAAAAUUUUUAUGAUUUUUUGUAACCAUAUGGCAAGACAAUUUAUGGCGACUUAGUAAUUUGUAAAAAUAGUCAAGCGGCAAUUGCACUAUGUAUAGGUUUUGCUAAAUUAUUCUUUACAUUUUGCGGAGAUGCGCCAUAAUUUUCCCUUCAUUUCCUGCUUUGUUUCUUUCCGGCCUAGUACAAAUUUUUUCCGGGCCGAACCGGGCCGGGCUUUCCAAAUUUUCCAAGCCCGGGCCCGGGCCGGGCUUGGAGAUUUAGGCCCGACCCGCAGGCCCGGGCCGGGCUGGCCCGGUUUGCAGCCAUGCUUACUUUUGUAGGGAAAUUAAGCCAGUUUUUGGGCAUUUUCACCCAUAAAAAUCUAAAAUGGGCAGCUAAGAUUUACAUAUCCUUGAUCAGCACAUUUUUUCUGAUUUUUUGAGAUAUUUCCCGUCAAAAAGUAGGAGCCCCCAUAAAAGUACUUUCCUUGUAAAGAAAAUCUGAGCGUCGCACUUGGAGUACUUCCCCUGUUAGUGUAGGCUGGCUUAGAUAAGUCUAACAGUCUUAUUCACGUUUUAAUGCACUUGAAACUUUGGUAGCUUAGUCGAUUAGGGGGCGCUCAGUCAGGCGCACCCUCAAUCAUCCACUGUGAUAAUAUGGGUAGUCUUAUCCGAUUAGAGUCUUCAAUAAUUUUCAUAAUAUUUGCAGACACAGUAUCCCGUGCGACAACCCCAGAAGGAAUUUCCGCCCCCAGAUGCCCCCUAUCACGGUGAAUUUGAUAAGAACUGGGACUUCCUCGAACCCAACAACGGCUCACAGCGGAGUGGCAAGAAGGAGUUACAUGAUAUUCGCGUAGAGCAAUAA